AUGUCCCGGAGAGCAUUUCUGAGGGCUCCAGCAUCCUGGGAGGAGAAACGUGAGGAAGGCGCCUCAUGGCAUCACUCUCCACCAUAUGCCCCCAUCAUCCCUGCUGGACUGAAUGACUUGCAGCUCCUUGAAUGUACCAUGGUGCUUUUGGUUUUGGUUUUUGCAAUAAUACUGCCUCUUUCCUAUCUUCUUCACCUCGCUACUCUCAUUCAUCUUUUCAGACUUGCCCUCUGGAAACAUUUCUUGCUAGUGCCCAGCGUAGCAUACCACUUUCCCACACUGCUCAGUCAUUAUCCACUUCCCCGUCAGACUGAGACCUGGAAGGCAGCAGUGGUGAUUCAUUCAUUGUGGUAUCCGCAGAGCCCCAGGGAUGGUCAGGCAUGUGAUAGAGAGUCAAUAGAGGUUUAUUUCUAA